UUAGGCGAGAGAGGAGCUAGUCGAGGCGCGAUAGGCGAGCUGGGUCAAAAGUAGCUAUCAGAGGAUCAGAGAUAACAGGGUUGCAAUCCAAGGCCCGGCGGGGGUGGGGAGCUGGGAAUUAGCUCUAUCUCCCCCACUUCCAAUCCUCUUUCCUGGGAUUUGCCUUUUGGGGUGUAUUUUUCGUUUUGUUUUUUGGAAGUGAUAUUUCUCAUCAUGCACGUUUCUCCGACUUCCCCGGUGUUGUAACGUGUUUGAAGGCAUCUGCAUUUGCAACUGCUGGAGGAGACUGACUCUUCAUGUCCUGCCUCCAGCCCUUUCUGACCAACCUCUUAGCGUGCCUUGAUUGUGCUCCAGCAGCUGCUGCUGUGUCCUCUUGGUCCCUCUUUUGAAGGAUAUAAAAUGUACCAGAGCUUAGCUCUUGCCCCCAACCCUGGCCAAUCGGCAUACUCUCAUGAUUCCAGCAAUUUUCUGCAUUCGCCAGCAAGUCCAGCAGUGUACGUGCCUACUAGCCGGGUGCCCUCCAUGCUCCAGAGCCUGCCUUACCUGCAGAGUUGUGAACCUGCCCACCAGAGUCACCAUCUAAGCAGCCACCCAGGCUGGGCACAAACAGCUGGUGCCGAAGCCUCACCCUUCAAUGCUAGCAGCCCACAUCCACCAUCGGGCUUCUCCUACUCCCACAGUCCCCCAGGUGGUAGUGGUGCCGGACGUGAUGGAGGCUACCAGAGCCCACUGUUACUGGGCACCGGAGGACGUGACCAAUAUGGCAACGCCCUAGUGCGUUCAGUCAACGGAUCCUAUUCCAGCCCUUAUGCCAGUGCCUACGUUAGCCCUGCAGACAUGCCACCAUCUUGGACUGCCGGGCAUUUUGAGAGCAGUGUCCUGCACAGCCUCCAGACACGGCAGGGGACCUUGCCUGGCAGGAGAUCCACAUUUGAGUUCUUAGAGGAAUUUCCCGGAGACAGCAGAGAAUGUGUCAACUGUGGGGCUAUGUCUACCCCACUCUGGAGGAAAGACGGCACCGGGCACUAUCUCUGCAAUGCCUGCGGGCUCUAUCACAAAAUGAACGGCAUUAACCGGCCACUCAUCAAGCCACAGAAACGACUGGUCACGGGUGAACAACUCAAAUGGCCCAGUGGGCCGAAACCAACCGUGGUUUGGUGUGUGGGGGCCGAGUCUUCAUCUAGACGUGCUGGUCUCUGCUGUACUAACUGUCACACGACCAACACCACGCUCUGGAGACGGAAUGCAGAAGGGGAGCCAGUCUGUAAUGCAUGUGGAUUAUAUAUGAAGCUCCAUGGGGUACCAAGACCUCUGGCAAUGAAAAAGGAAAGCAUCCAGACGAGAAAGAGGAAACCAAAAAAUAUUACCAAAGGCAAAUCCUCGACAGGGUCCACAACUUCAACCACCAAUUCCCCAUCCUCCAUAACGAACUCUGAAAGCACCAUCACUUUAAAAACAGAACCAACAGUGACAUCGCAAUAUCCAGGACAAUCUAUAGUGCCAGAUUCCCAGGGUCCAAGCCAAUCUGAAGAUGCACUGGCUGACGGACACACCCAGUUCAAGUAUGAACCGGAGGAUUACACCUUCUCUUCAACCACCAUGCCCCAGCAGUCAGGACUGAAUGUUCCCCUUCGUCAAGACUCGUGGUGUGCAUUGGCACUCGCCUAGAAAGCAGUCUUCCAUUUUGAAACGGGACACUCAGCAGAACAAACUCGGUUUCACUGGUGUUAGUGGACAGAACAGGCGAAAGGAACUCCCUGCCUUAGUACUUUGGGUCUGAAAGGUUUCCUGUAAUCAACACAGUUAUAUGUUUGUAAAGGCAGAUUUCUUCUUCCAUGGAGGGUGCAUCAUUGGAACGUCAACUGAGAAUGGCAACGUACAUUCUUCUUGGUGUAUCCAGCUCUUCUGGUACUUGGUUCUCUCAAAGCUUUUACUCUUAUCUGCACCAAUCGAAAGCAAGAGAAACAGGGACCUCUUUUCUUGGGAGAAGGUCUCUCUUCCCUGCAAUCCAUCCUAAAGAAAUAAAUCCCAGAAUCUAUGUUUUAUUCACAAUGAUUUUUUUUCCUUGUAUGACUCCCCUGUGUGCAAUCUUACUCCACUUCCCAAUAAAGACUAUGAUAGAAUGUGGCACCAAGUAACUUAAUUUUAUUAAAAUGUAAACAGUGUUGCCUUCCUAAUGUUUAUUGGUGGUGGCAAGCCUUCCUGUUUAAAAAAAACAUUUGCUGCUUUAUAUUAAAAACAAUCCUCCUAAUAGUG